AUGGCUACAAAUUGCUCGUUAAAUGGAAGCUAUACUGCCAACUGUGAGUCUUCGACAUCUUUCGUCUGCCCUUACGAUCCUUUUGUUCUGCUUCACGUCCCUAAAAAUCUUUACUACACAUACUUCGUUACAGCGGCCUUAAAUGUGGUGUUCGCAGCAACAUCAUUUUGCGGAAACUCUCUCGUUCUUACAGCUCUCCUAAGAACCCCGUCUCUUCACUCUCCGUCCAAAGCUCUACUCCGCAGCCUCGCGCUAUCAGAUCUCUUCGUUGGCUUAUUUGUUCAGCCUAUGUACAUCGCUUACUGUCUGUCCGGAAUUUCAGAAAAUCACUGGGUUCGAUGUAUCUCAUGGUUUAUCUAUCCUCUAUUAAUGGACUAUUUCGUUGCAGUAUCAUUUCUUACCAUGGUCGCAAUUAGCAUCGACAGGUAUUUGGCCCUGCGUCUUCGUGCUAGCUAUCGAUCAGUAGUGACAAUAAAGAAAGUAAACAUCACAGUUGUAUCUAUAUGGAUAACAAGUUUGGUAUUUCCAAUCACCAGGGUAAUAGCUGGAAAACUUACACUUCUUCUCUCGUGCACAUUCUUUGCACUGUUUGUUGUCAUCCCUACUUUUACACACUGUACAAUUCAUAGUACAUUACAACGUCAUGGAAGGCAAGUUACGAAUCAGUUUUUUCUACACCGCAAGGAAAGCCACCUUUCUAUACACCAGUACAAGAAAUCCGUUUCUGCAAUGCGCUAUUUGUAUAUCGCGCUUUUGAUAAGUUAUACUCCUAUAACUUGUGUUUCUCUACUGUAUAUAAAACAGGAUCCAUCGAUGGCAGUUAUUCUUUUACCAGCCGGAAAUGUCGCUACCACUUUGCUCUUCUUCAACUCUUCGCUGAACCCUGUUCUUUACUGUUGGCGAAUCCGGCAAGUUCGAGGAGCCAUGUUGAACCUUGCCGAUAAUUUUAUUUGCUGCUAA